CGCGUUCAUCGCGAUAGGCUGACCGACUUCACGUACGUGAACAAGACGAAAUUGAACAGGCCACUUCAAACAUGCCUCCUAGCCUAGUCAAGAAAAGCAAGCCGAAUAAUAAGUCCGGACUAGGACAGGGACGACAGUUAGGCCUCGACUCAUUUUUCCGCCCCGCUGCUGCGAUCAGCACAGGCGCAGGAGCUUCAGCGGCAAAAUCGAUAUCGAAAUCAAGCCCUCGUAAACAACGAUCACCCUUUCCACCAAAUGCCCCCCAAACACCGUCAGGCUCUCGCAUUGCCGUUGUAUUAGGCUCUCGCCCGAGAACAGGACCCGCCAGCGAGCAUCGUCGGGUCGAAGAAGAUGCGGAGGACGAGAAAUUGACCUCCGAUUUCCAGGUCAUUUCAGACCUUUCACCCCAGUUUCGUCGCCUAGUCGCCCAGGCUACACAGCCCAUCAGUAUUGCCAAACCAGUACCGCCAAGGACAACUACGACUACAACAAAUGAGUCACAACCACCCGCAAAGCGACCACGAGGUCGCCCCAAGGGCUACCGGCCCAGCCUAGUACGCAAGGGUCUCCAAAGCAGCUCCGGCGGCCCUGCUAGGACUGCAAGCGCCGUUGCCUCGACACUUAGCUCUACUACGGCUGCAGACGACGGCGCAGACGCUCGACGACGGCGCAACCAGGCUGGUACGGUAUCGUACAUCCAACCCAAGCGGCGCGGGAGGCCGCCCAAAGCGCCGCCGCUGAAGCCGAGGGAGGUCUACGAGUCACUGAAGCCCAACUUCAUCCGCUUCGUCUGCGAAUGGGAAAGGUGUCCCGCGGAGCUCCACAACCUCGAGACACUGCGACGGCAUCUCGCGGUUGUGCAUGCGCGACAGGAACCGGCCGCGGGGUGCCGGUACGCCAAGUGCGCCACUGCCCAUGAUGCCACGGCGGGAGGACACCAACCGCCGUCACCAGGAACAGGGGUUACGCCUACGAUGACGGAGGACGAGUUGCGGAGACAUCUCGAGGAGGUACACGUCCCGCCCGUGUUAUGGCAGGCCGGAGACGGGCCGAGCGUGACAAUGACGCUGUACGCGCCGGACGAUGGUAGCGGAUCGCUGCCGAGGUAUCUGUUCGACAAGGAAGGGAAUCAGGUCACGCCUUCCGUGCGGGAGCAAAAAGUGGAGGACGUGCUCACGAGGCAGCAGAACCGGCGGAGACUCAAGGCACUAUUGCUGCUACGGGACCAGAACUUGCCGAGCGAAGAAGAGGAUGGGGAUGAGAUGGACGAGGGCGGGGGGACGACACAUAACUAUUUGUCCCCGAUGAUGACGUACAAAGAAGGUGGAAGAUGAACUGACAUUCGGCCGCCGUCCCCGUGGCCUCAUAUGUAUUCUACAGCACAGAUGAAGUGAGCGUUGGUAUGGAGGAGUAUAUACGUAGUCAAGGGAUGAUGGAGAAAGGAGACGGGGGAAAUUGAUCAGCCGAUGUAUUAUUAUUCGGCCGUGUCCUUGGAUUUUACGAUUAAUCCUGUUGGCUUAUGAAAUGCGGCCAACCCUUUCAGCCGGUGAGAGAUGGCAAGUGCAGCGGUCUCUCAAGGAUGGUUAAGAGCAUCAUGACAAGAAAUCACCGAGCGGUCUCAUCACCUAGGACGACAUGAAUAUCUUGAGGUCGGUAUUUGGCGAAGAGACGGCAGAUAAUUACAAGGCGCGUUACUUUGGGUGUGUCUGAUUUUGGCGGGUUCGGUUGAUGUUAAGAUACCGGCACUGAACAGUUUAACAUUGAAAGGUCGCUCCAUGAAUUCCAGGCC